AAAUACAAACACCAACCCUUCCUAACUUUCCAGAACAUCAAACCCCCAAAAAGACAAGAAACAAACCACCUUCUUGUUGUUGUUGUUCUUCUUCUUCAGUUCUUCUUCUUGUCUCAGAAAGCUUCCAAAAAACGACAUUGGAGUUACUGUCGUGCAAGAAUCAUGCCUCGCUCACAGAGAUUCCUCACAGCAGCAAACACAACCAUGAAAUACACCGCCGCGGCGCCGCCUCCUGAGGCCGUGGCCUUGGAAUCCGACUUCGUCGUCAUCUUGGCAGCGCUGUUAUGCGCUGUCAUAUGCGUCGUGGGUUUAUUAUCCGUGGCGCGCUGCGCAUGGUUGCGACGCACACCAGGCGGGGGCCGGGCCGGUGGUCCCGUCUCGGCACAGGCCUCUUCUGCCAACAAAGGGCUGAAGAAGAAGGUCCUCCAGCAGCUACCCAAGUUCACCUACGGCGACGGCGGGCCGGCGGCGCCGCCGAAGAUGGGGUCGGAGUGCGCCAUAUGCCUCGGCGAGUUUGCUGAGGGCGACGAGAUUAGAGCUCUGCCGCAGUGCGGCCAUGUUUUCCACGUCGGAUGCAUCGACACGUGGCUCGGGUCUCACUCGUCGUGUCCGUCGUGUCGGCAUGUACUGGUGGUGGCCCGGUGUCACAAGUGCGGCAACUUCCCCGCCAUUCCUGAAGCUGAGCCCAAAACUCAGCAAGAUCAUAUUUACCAUUCUGCCCCUCCGCCGCCCUCCGCCGCCGCAACUACCACUUGUAGUAGCAGCACUGAUAGUAAUAGUAAUAGUAAUAGUAACAGUGACAGUAAUAGUAAUGCUUUCUUACCCUAAAAAUUGCCCGUAUCUAAAACCAACCCACUUCUUUCUUCUUCCUCAUUUCAAUCUCUACUUGCUGUAACUCAUUCUGUGUAUAGAAAACCAUCAAUGGAAAUUUGUGUUUAUUUUACUGGUUUUUGUUUCUUGCCAAUGCA